AUGGAGAAGAAAUCUUCAAGCCAACUCAUUUUCUCUUUCUACUACUUCUUUUCUCUGUCCUUGAACAUUUUGACUGCACACAUGGCCAUGGCGCAGAAUCAAACAGUUCUCAUAAACGUGGACGUGGGAGUGGUACUAAACAUGAACAAUUCUUUUAGUGCAAUGGGAUUCAGCUGCAUUUCAAUGGCGCUCUCAGACUUUUAUGCCUCAAAUUCUAACUAUAAAACCAGGCUGGUUCUCAACACCAGGGACGCCAAGGAAGAUGAUGUUGGGGCUGCAGCAGCAGUACAAAUAGAACUGUAUUAUGCUCAAACCCAUAGUGUCAACCUUAAAGCUGAAAAAAUGGAGAAGAACUCUUCAACCCAACUCAUUUUCUCUUUCUACUUCUUCUUUUCUCUGUCCUUGAACAUUUUGACUGCACACAUGGCCAUGGCGCAGAGUCGAACAGUUCUCAUAAACGUGGACGUGGGAGUGGUACUAAACAUGAACAAUUCUUUUAGUACAAUGGGAUUCAGCUGUAUUUCAAUGGCGCUCUCAGACUUUUAUGCCUCAAAUUCUCACUAUAAAACCCGGCUGGUUCUCCACACCAGGGACGCCAAGGAAGAUGAUGUUGGGGCUGCAGCAGCAGCUCUAGACCUACUGAAGAAUGUGGAAGUGAAUGCCAUAAUAGGACCCCCUUACUCAAUGCAAGCAAACUUCCUGAUUGAUCUUGGAAAGAAAGCUCAAGUUCCCAUUAUCUCAUUUUCAGCAACGAGUCCUUCUCUUUCAUCAAUUCGAACUCCAUACUUCAUUCGAUCUACUCAAAACGAUUCAUCUCAAGUAAAUGUCAUUAGUGCUACUAUUCAAGCUUUUGGAUGGAGAGAAGUAGUGCCCAUCUAUGUUGAUAAUGAGUAUGGAGAAGGGAUUAUACCUUUUCUGACAGAUGCACUGGAAAAGGUCAAUGCUCGUGUCCCUUACAGAAGUGUCAUCCCUUCCAUGGCCACAGACGAUCAACUUGUUGCAGAGCUUUACAAGCUGAUGACGAUGCAAACUCGGGUUUUCAUUGUCCACACGCUGACCUCUCUUGGUUCCCGGUUGUUCACCAAAGCAAAACAACUCGGAAUGAUGAGUGAAGAAUAUGCAUGGAUCAUAACUAAUGGGAUCACAAAUGAAUUGAGCUCAAUGGAUCCUUCUGUCAUAGAGUCUAUGCUAGGGGUAAUAGGUGUAAAACCUUAUGUUCCAAAAACAAAAGAGCUUCGUAAGUUCACUACUCGAUGGAAACAAAACAAUCCGACUCUUGAUUCUGAACUAAACAUUUUCGGACUCUGGGCUUAUGAUUCUGCAAUAGCACUAGCCAUGUCCGUAGAGAAGGCAAGACUUACAAAUUCUAAGUUUCAAAUGUCUAACAUGUCUACAAGUGCAACGGACCUUGAAAAGUUUGGAAUCUCUAAAGAUGGUCCACAGCUCCUCAAAGCAUUAUCAAAUACCACGUUCAAAGGCCUGGCUGGAAACUUUCAAUUGCUUGAUGGCCAACUCCAGUCAUCUCCUUAUGAGAUAGUUAAUCUGGUUGGCCAUUGGGCUAGACCGGUAGGAUACUGGACAAAAGAAACUGGAAUUGUUAGAGAACUGAAUUCCUCAAACACAAAAACAUAUUCCACUAGCAAGAACAACUUUGGAUCUAUUAUAUGGCCUGGUGACAAGACAUCACCGCCCAAGGGUUGGGUCAUCCCCACGAAAGGAAAGAAACUAAGAGUAGGAGUUCCGGUGAAGGACGGUUUCAAUGAAUUCCUUCAAGUUACAUGGGAUUCUGUCACUGACUCCACAGAAGUGAAAGGCUACUGCAAGGAUGUCUUUGAUGCAGUAAUGGCAGCAUUGCCAUAUGGCGUACCAUAUGAAUAUGUUCCAUUUGCAACAUCUGACCAGAAAAGUGCUGGUAAUUAUAAUGAUUUGGUCGAUCAAGUAUACUUCGGAAACUAUGAAGUUGUAGUAGGAGAUGUAACUAUUGUGGCGAAUAGGUCUCAGUAUGUGGAUUUUACUCUCCCGUACACAGAAUCUAUUAUUGCACUGGUGGUGCCAAUCAAGGAUAACAAGAGGAAAAGUGCUUGGGUAUUUUUGAAGCCAUUGUCAUGGGAACUUUGGUUGACAAGCUUUUUUUCAUUUGUGUUCAUUGGAUUUUUGAUUUGGCUUCUUGAGCAUCGAAUAAAUGAUGAUUUCAGGGGACCACCUUUACAUCAAGUUGGCAUGAUAUUCUGGUUUGCCUUCUCAACCAUGGUCUUUGCUCAUAAGGAGAAGAUAACAAGCAACUUGGCAAGAUUCGUGCUGAUCAUAUGGUUCUUGGUAGUUCUUAUACUAACUCAAAGUUACACUGCAAGUCUUACAUCAAUGUUGACUGUUCAACAACUCCAGCCAACUGUUAAGGAUAUAAAUCAACUUCUUAAGAACAAAGAAUGUGUGGGAUACCAACGGGGUUCGUUUGUUUUUGGACUUCUAAAGGGAAUGAAUUUUGAUGAGUCUAGACUUAAACAAUACAGUUCUCUAGAGGAAUGUGAUGAACUUUUCUUGAAAGGAAGUGGAAAUGGAGGCAUUUCUGCGGCUUUCGAUGAGAUCCCAUAUAUGAAGCUUUUCCUAGCAAAAUACUGCUCAAAAUACACCAUGGUUGACCCAACAUACAAGACUGGUGGCUUUGGCUUUGUUUUCCCAAUAGGGUCACCUCUAGUACCUGAUGUCUCAAGAGCAAUAUUAAAUGUGACAGAAAGCGAAAAGAUGGUGGAAAUCGAAAGAACAUGGUUUGGUGAAAAAACUAAAUGCCCAGAUUCUAGCACAUCACUUUCAUCCAACAGCAUUGGACUUGAGUGCUUUUGGGGACUUUUUUUAAUAGCUGGAAUAGCUGCAGUUUCAGCUCUUAUAAUCUAUAUCAUUAUGUUUCUACGUGAACACUGGAAUGUUUUACGACACUCUGAUCCCAAUUCCUCAAUGCGGAGCAAACUUCUAGAGUUAUUUCGACGUUUUGACAAUAAAGAUCUCAGUUCUCAUACUUUCAGAAACACUGGACUUAGAGAAAGAAACAUCUGGGAUGGUGACUGCAUGGAGAGAAGAGAGAAAGUCUCAUCCCAUGGUAAUUGCCCACAAACUCCACAAAAUUUUUCAUCGAAUACUUCUCCACACACCAAUCCACCAAGUCCAACUUUCUCAAAUGGCACAGAGCAAUAUUUAGAUUCUCCACGAGAUCAAAUGAAUACAGCAGAGAAUGUGAUGAUAAAUUCGCAAUCAGAAGCAGCUCAUGUGAUUAAUCCAGAAAUUGAGCUUGUGAAUCCGAAUCAAGAUUUGCAAAUGGCAGCAAGAAUAGAUCCACAAAUGAAAUUCAUUGACUUGGUGUAUAUUUGUAAGUGA